UACAACUGAAGCACAAAAGACAUUCAGACUUCAGAAGCUUAUCCAGCAUUACCAGAUCAUUGAGGGUUGCUAGAAAGGAACUGAUUAAUUUAAUAUUCGUGAUUAAAAGUUUAUCUGCCUUCCAUGAGUGUAAGGUCUUCCACUGCUUUCAGAUCUGAGCAUUGCUUUCAUCAGAACACCACUUCCUCCUCCUCUGCCUCGGCUCCAAGCUUGGAUCAGUGCAUGGAUAAAACAAGGGGUCUCUUUGGGGACGAGUUUGAGAAGUCCUCAAUCCUCCAUGGAAGCUUCUUGAGGCCACGAAAUGAGCAAAUGGGAUAUUCAGGCCGCCCAGGAAACAUGGGCAAUGUAAAGACCCUGGGAGACAACUACCAAUUCACAGUGGAUGUGAGCGAUUUCUCACCUGAAGACAUUAUUGUUACCACCUCCAACAAUCAGAUUGAAGUCCAUGCUGAGAAGCUUGCUGCAGAUGGAACUGUAAUGAAUACAUUCACUCACAAAUGUCAGCUACCAGAUGAUGUGGACCCCACCUCUGUGACGUCCGCCUUGGGUGAUGAUGGGACGCUGACGAUUAAAGCAAAGAGGCAUCCAGCCAAGCACACCGAGCAUGUGCAACAGACUUUCAGAACUGAGAUUAAGAUCUGAGAAAAGAGUGCUGAACGCUGCUUUAUUGUAAUGCAGAGUGGUGUUUGAUAAUGCUGGUAGUAGUGUAUCAGUAAUACAGAAUGCAGCGUGUGCUGGUGUUUAUCACUGCUUCCUGCCAAUAUAUUAUUGUAAGAUAUCAUCUCAACUCUUUUAAUCAUGGAAACGUUGAGCAAAGCCUGUGAAAUGGGAUAAUUGACACUUCUGCCAAAUUAUUUAGUAAUUCCAUUUAUAUUAUGCUUCCAUUGCUCAUCUAUGAUUUGCAAUUUAGUGACAGAUGCAUUUGAAUGCUUUCUUAUUCCACACAACAGAUAGGUUCAUUACAUGCAGUGAUAAUGGAGAUAAUGAAUGUUCUGUGUGUGUGAAUGGACUUUUACUGUAAGAUAUAAAGAUCAGUAACAUAGAUAGCAACUCUUUUCAGGUCUGUUCGUAGGUCUAGAUUUCCUGUUUAUGUGAUCUUGUAUAUAGAUUUGCAAUAAUUACUUCAUUAUUUAACAAGAAUUUAAUUUCUGUGACUUAGACAAGCGUAAAAGAGAGUGUACAUUGCUAAUGGUACUCCAAAGGAAUUGUUCUGAAAUAUAAGGAUAUAUGGCUCUUCAGGAAUGUGAAAAGGUUAUUACAUCCAAUAAUGUCCUUUUACUAUAGACUAAAAUAAAAAAUUCUAUAUAAUGCCCAAAAGGUAUUGUUCAACUCUCCCCUUAAGUAGUCUUAGCACAUGAGCACAGUACUCCAGUUCCUCUAACAUUAAAAAUGCUUAGAAAUCUUUAAAAAUUAGAUCAAAUAUGGUGCUAACUCUGUGAAAUGAUAACUACAGCCCCCUACGAUGGUGUUGGUGGUGAAGAUGGCUUGGUGGAGAUUAAAAUGAGCUCAUGACAACCAAACUGGUGCCAUCCCUUUAAACAUUGAUUUCAUUAUGCCCAGAAAAUCCAUAAAGAUCACGGAUCAUAAGAGCAAUUCUAUACUUGUAAAGACAUUUAUAUUAGAACCAGUUUC